AUGGACCGUAGCCUUUGCCCUUUGAGGCAGAUUCGACAGGCUUGCCCUUACAUGGGUCGCGUUUCAAUGCCUCAGCUUCGACAGAUGUCGACCACUGUCCUGCACCCCGGGGGUCCCACCCGACUCAUCUCUCAGGCUCAGCAGUGCCCCGUUAUGAGCCAAAGCCUCGCUAUUCAGGCUGAACAGACCAGCGGUGCCGCUGCUAACACUUCUGCACCCACCUUCGGCGCUUCUGGCAGCUCCUUCUUCGCCAACGCGGCUCGCCCCACCUUUGCUGCUGUAGCCGCUGCUGCUUCGGGCUGUCCCUUUUCCAACCACAUGAGCGGAGGAGCUCCUCAGCAGGUCCGAUCUUACGUCUCGCGCUCCGAGGCUGCUCGCGCUUCUGUGGCCCAACCCGACGAAAUUGAGCGUCUUCAUGCCAAAGAGGGCAUCAGCCUCGCCGAUCAGGCUAAUGUCGACAAGUGUCCUCACGCACGUAAGCUCGCCGAGGUGGCUGCCGCUGCCGCCGCUGCCGAUUCGCUCCCCCAGCACCAGCGAAGGAAGAGCAUCAAGAACAAGCAGGUCCGCACUCCCGGUUCUGGUCUCGGCGUUCACCCCGAGCCCGAAGCUUACAAUCGGCCUGGCUUCCACUACGAAAAGUUCUAUCAUAACCAACUCCAAGCCAAGCAUGCCGACAAGUCGUACCGCUACUUUAACAACAUCAACCGUCUGGCCGGCAAGGCUCCGAAGGGUCAUCUAUCUGCCGAGACCGACGAAAUCACGGUCUGGUGCGCAAACGACUAUCAGAACAUGAGUCGCCAUCCCGCUGUGCUCGAAGCCAUGAAGGACACGUUGGACAAGUACGGUGCCGGUGCUGGCGGAACUCGCAACAUCGCCGGUCAUAACCGCCACGUCGAGAUCAUUGAGCAGACUCUGGCUCAACUCCACCGCAAGGAUGCUGCGCUUGUCUUUGGCUCGUGCUACGCCGCCAACGACGCCACGCUCACCAUUCUGGGAUCGAAGCUGCCAAACUGUGUCAUCUUGUCUGAUGCCAGCAACCACGCUUCCAUGAUUCAGGGCAUAAAGCAUUCGGGUGCCAAGAAGGUUAUCUACAAGCACAACGACAUGUCCGACCUUGAGGCUAAGCUGAAAGCUAUCCCCGUCGAUGUGCCCAAGAUCAUCGCCUUUGAAUCGGUCUACUCUAUGUGUGGCACUGUGGGUCCUGUUGAAAGGACGAUCGAGCUCGCCGAAAAGUACGGCGCCAUCACCUUCCUUGACGAAGUCCAUGCUGUAGGCAUGUACGGUCCUCGCGGUGCCGGUGUGGCCGAGCACCUGGACUGGGAUAUGCAAGUGGCACAGGGCCACAAGCCUGGACUUCUCAAGAACACGCUCAUGGACCGCAUCGAUAUCAUCACCGGAACGCUCGGCAAGGCUUAUGGCAAUGUUGGUGGUUACAUUGCCGGCUCCAACCGCUUUGUCGAUCUGAUCCGCUGCUUUGCUCCGCAGUUCAUCUUUUCAACUACAUUGCCCCCCGCUGUUCUCACCGGUGCUGACACGGCUAUCAAGGUGCUGAUGGAGUCGAACGACUCGCGUAUUCUCCAGCAGGUUCGCACGCGUGAGACCAAGGACAAGCUCAUCGCUGCCGGCAUCCCGCUCCAGCACAAUCCUUCGCACAUUGUGCCUGUGCUCGUCGGCGACGCUUCUAAGGCCAAGGCUGCUUCCGACAUGCUGCUGGAGGAGUAUGGUUGCUACGUACAGCCCAUUAACUUCCCUACGGUUGCUCGUGGUCUCGAGCGACUGCGCGUCACGCCCACUCCGGGACACACGUCUGCUGAUGUGGACCAUCUUGUCUAUGCUCUCACUCAGAUCUGGAAAGAGCUCGGCCUGCGAACCGUCGACGACCUGCGUGCUGCCCCCCAGGGACAGGACGCACUCGCCGACCUGUUCAAGGCUUCCGAAGAGGCGGCUCGAGAGAACCCUCUUUGGACUGACAAGCUGCUUGGUCUGGACGAGCUAAAGGCGAAUGUCCGCGCCCAUGGCUUUGCUACUGGCGAAUCGAGCGUUGCUGCUGCUCCUGCUCCCCUUGCUGAGGGAGUUGCAGCUUAA